AUGGCAACAAAUACACUAACGUAUGAGGGUUGCAAUUACCUCAGACAAAGACUGAUAUUAGCUACUCUUAGUGGCAAAACAGUUAGAGUCAGAAAAAUCCGAUCGAAGGAAGAUGAUCCAGGGUUAAAAGAUUUUGAAGCUAGUUUUAUAAGACUGUUGGACAAAUUAACGAAUGGUUCCAAGAUUGUUAUAAGUGAAACAGGAACUAGUCUUCUGUACCAGCCAGGACUUCUGAUUGGUGGGAAGUUGGAACAUGAAUGUAAUACACAGCGCAGCAUAGGUUAUUAUCUGGAAGCUCUUGUAUGUUUGGCUCCAUUCACCAAGAAACCAAUCAAAGUCCUCCUCAGAGGAGUCACCAAUGAUCAGAUUGACCCUUCAGUGGAUUUAAUCAAGUUAUCAACUGUACCAGUUUUGAAAAGAUUUCUUGGAACAGAUGAAGGUUUGGAACUUAAGAUCACAAGAAGAGGAGCUGCCCCUGAUGGUGGUGGGGAGGUAAUCUUCAGCUGUCCAUGUCGACAGAAGCUCCGUCCACUACAAUUUACAGAUCCUGGCAAGAUCAAACGAAUAAGAGGUGUGGCUUGGGCAGUGCGAGUGUCACCAGUGACAACCAAUAGGAUUGUAGAUGCUACUCGCAGUAUUCUCAAUCAGUUUCUCCCUGACAUUUAUAUAUACACUGACCACUUGAAAGGCAGCCAGUCUGGAAAGUCUCCAGGUUUUGGAUUAACACUUGUCGCAGAGACUCUUCAGGGGUCCUUUUUGUGUGCUGAGGCAGCAUCAAAUCCCAAGGGUUCUCCCAAAGGCCCCACGAUACCUGAAGAUCUUGGCAAAGAAACAGCAAAGAUACUAUUAGAAGAGAUCUAUCGGGGAGGUUGUGUAGACUCCACCAACCAGAGUCUGACUGCUUUGUUCAUGGUACUGGGACAACAGGAUGUGUCUAAAGUUCAAAUGGGGACACUAUCUCAGUAUACGAUACAAUUUCUACGUCAUAUAAGGGACUUCCUCCAAGUUAUGUUUAAAGUUGAACCAGAACUAAAGAAAGAUGAUGAUGAUGAUGAUUUACAAAUAGGUGGAGAAAAACUGUUAUUGACUUGUGUUGGGGUUGGAUACUCAAAUGUAAGCAAGGCUAUAAUGUAACCAAGACACCAGUGUUAGCAGGCAAGACAAACUGUCGUCAGAAGUGUUCACUGUUGAAGGCAAUGAUAUUUUAAGAGUUUUUGUAUGGUGAAUGAGAGUUGUUAAGUUUUUAUCAAUAAAUCUUUUA